AUGGGUCAAGAAAUGAAGAUGGAUUUGUGGCCUGUUAGAGAGAGAAAAGAUCAGUCUUCACCAUCUAAAACCAGUGGAGGUGCAGUGAGGCUAUCUAAAAUGGCCCUGGCUGAGACCCAUGGUGAGGAUUCACCUUACUUUGCAGGGUGGAAAGCUUAUGAUGAGGACCCUUAUGACCCUGUGAUGAACCCUUCAGGUGUGAUACAGAUGGGAUUGGCAGAGAAUCAAGUUUCGUUUGAUUUAUUGGAGGAAUGGUUGGCACAACAUCCUGAGGCAUCGAAUUGGGGUAACGGGUUCUCAAACUUUCGGGAAAAUGCAUUGUUUCAAGACUACCAUGGAUUAAAGGCUUUCAGAAAGGCAAUGACAAGUUUCAUGGAAGAAGUAAGAGGUGGUGCAGUCAAGUUUGAUGCAGACAGGCUUGUCCUCACAGCUGGUGCAACUGCAGCAAAUGAACUUUUAACCUUCUGUUUGGUUGACUCUGGAGAAGCUCUACUUGUUCCAACUCCAUACUAUCCAGGAUUCGACCGAGACUUAAGGUGGAGAACUGGUGUAAAGAUUAUACCAAUCCACUGUAACAGCUCGAACAACUUUCAGAUCACAAGACAAGCUCUAGAAGACGCAUACGAAGAAGCGAGGAGAGAGAAAAUCACUGUGAGAGGAGUAUUAAUCACAAACCCUUCAAACCCUCUUGGCGCUACGAUCCGACGCUCAGUCCUCGAAGACCUUCUUGACUUUGUCACUGAGAAAGACAUCCAUUUAAUCUCCGACGAAAUCUACUCAGGUUCAGUCUUCUCUCCCCCCGAAUUCGUAAGCAUGGCCGAGAUCUUCGCUUCAAAGAACUACAGAAAUGCAGAGAGAAUUCACAUAGUUUACAGCCUCUCAAAGGAUUUGGGUCUUCCUGGUUUUAGGAUUGGAGCCAUUUACUCUUACAAUGAUAGGGUGGUAACCCCUGCAAGGAGAAUGUCAAGCUUCAGUUUGGUUUCUUCACAAACCCAACAUUUACUGGCCUUAAUGCUAUCUGAUACCAAGUUUAGUAGGAGAUACAUUGAAACAAAUAGAGAGAGAUUGAAGACUAGGUAUGAGUUCAUUGUCCAAGGUUUGAGAAAAGCUGGUAUUAAGUGCUUAAAAGGGAAUGCGGGGCUCUUUUGCUGGAUGAAUUAGCUCUUAUUGAAGAACCCAACAAGAGAGGGAGAGUUAGAGCUUUGGAAUUUGAUGCUCCAUGAAGUGAAGCUCAAUAUUUCACCUGGUUCUUCAUGCCACUGUUCUGAGCCAGGAUGGUUUAGGGUUUGCUUUGCAAAUAUGACAUUGGAGACAUUGCAAGUGGCCCUUAGAAGAAUACAUGAUUUCAUGGACAGACAUAGACAGAGAGAAUCAGAAACCCUAGAAAGAUUACUGUAGCACACCCCAC